GGCUUUUCGGAAUAGUAUUUUCUAAAUCGUUUAAAUUUAUCCUACGCAACCGGAAAUCAGGUUGACAGUAGGAUGGAGGAACGUUUGUACAGCUACUAGUAAGCUUCCAAAUAGUUUUUAAUUAAUGGUUCGAACGAACGAUGAUAUCUGACCGAAUGAAAAGCUAUUAUUACGAUCAUAAAAAGGAAACGGACCGUGGAACAGGUUUCGAAUAAAAAGAUUGUGUUAAGAAAGGUAAUAUUCUUAUAUAAUUAUUGCGCUGUAGUAGUCUUCUUGGCCCCAAAGGAUAACGGUGAACCCAAGCGCUGCCAGCAUUCAUUUAUGGCGCGCUGUUUGCUGCUCGUUAGAAGGGAAUAAUUAAAUAUCAUGAAAAUCGAUACGCAUCAGGGUUGGUAAACCGGAACUAGACUUCAACCAGUUCGAUAAAAUUGCAAACAAGUGUUGUGUCGUUGUUGCCCCUGUCUUUGGCGACUAUUGCGUAGCCUGCAUUUGACAUCUGCGCAUUUCUCACGCUCGCACCGAGGAAAAAUCAAAACAAUCAAUAUGGCGGACCCAAGCAACGAAGCUGCAUCGUCGAGUAGCGUUUCGGAGCAGCUAUCUGCCACUCCAAUUCGCGACCAUCUUGAGACAAUCGCGCAUUACCUCGAGUCCGACAAAAAGCGUCGAAAAUCGUCGCGGAACGAUGGGAAAACCGAGCAAAAGCUGGAGCACCGCCUGGGCGGCAUCCUCUGCUGCGCAGUUUGCCUUGAUUUACCCAAGGCAGCCGUUUACCAAUGUACAAAUGGACACUUGAUGUGUGCCGGUUGCUUCACUCAUGUCCUCGCAGAUGCCAGGCUGAGAGAUGAAAUGGCAACAUGUCCCAACUGCAGAAUCGAGAUCAGCAGAACAUCUCCAUCUCGAAAUCUGGCAGUUGAGAAAGCUGUGUCUGAGUUACCAGCAGAAUGUCAGUACUGUGCUAAGGAGUUUCCACGAAACUCCUUGGAACGUCAUGAGGAGACAGUGUGCGAAGAAAGAAUAUCCAAUUGCAAGUACAGUAGAAUCGGCUGUCCUUGGCGUGGGCCCAAUCAUGAACGUCCAAAACACGAAGCAGAAUGUGUUCAUCCUCGUCGUACAGGGCUAGACGUUAUGGAAGCUCUACGUGAUAUCGAUGCCCGUACACUCGAAGAACGUAGGCUGUAUGACAAUGUCUUUGAUCUUUUGUCCUACGAGAAAAUCACGUUUAACGAUUUACAAAUGAAGCCGUACCGCACAGACGAGUUUGUCCACAAACUCUUUUAUGAAACAUCUCGGUUUUCGGCAUUUAAUAAUCAAUGGGUUGUAAAAGCGAGGAUCAACAAUAGUCAGCGUGAUCCCACUCAGAGCUCUGAAAGGGACAUGACUUAUCAACUGAUUUUGAAAACGAAAACGACGUAUCCGUUACCGCUUCACUAUUUGAUAUUAAAAGGACCCUUCGGAGACAUGAAAGUACAACCAAGAAUUCACAGAUUCGAAUUCACCGACCAAGAGAACGAAAGCCCCUACCUACCUUUACCUUUACCUGACACGGCAGAGUGCAAUAGACUCCUUGCUGCCAGAGCUAUUAGUUUCAGACUAAUAAUGUUCCUGGCAUCCAAGUAGUUUCAUCCAGCGAUUCUAUUGUUGUCAAGAUUUUAUGGCAAAUGAUUUAUUGACACAACAUUUUAGAUUUAACAGCGAUAAGAGCAUAGAUCACAGAGAUUUAUAAUCAAUUAUAGUAGCGAUAAUCGUAACGAUAAUAAAACUAAAGAUGCUAAUUCCGCUGUAGUCUAUACACGCAUAUACACUGAAAAUGUACACUGUGUUGAUACAAGAACUAGCGCGAUACAAAGUUGUAGCGAAAUAAUAUAUGCAGAUUAAUUGAAAGGAAAGUAAAUAACACUUUGGUUCCAUCCGAACUUUCUUUCAUGCACUUUGUUGUUUCUUUGAGCUAUGAAUAAGCAAGCUUUAUGUAGAUCGCUGUCGCCAGACAGGUGGAAUAAACCGUGUCCCCCGAUAGUAAUUUGCGCCAAC